GGCAGGCGGAAUGGAGCGCUGUGAAAUCACCUCAGAGGCUGACAAGACCCACCAAAACCGCCUCUCCAGCGUCACGGAGGAGGAUGAGGAACAAGAUGCAGCUUACACGAUUUUGACGGUGCUGGACAAAGUGGCCAACAUUGUGGACAGCGUACAGGCAAGCCAGAAAAGGAUAGAGGAGAGGCACCGGGAGAUGGAAAACGCCAUCAAGACCAUACAGAUUGACAUUCUGAAGCUCGCCCAGGCUCAUGGCAAUACAGGCUACACGGUGAACAAGUUGCUGGAGAAAACCCGCAAAGUCAGCUCCACCAUGAAGGAGGUGCGGGCGCGCGUGGAGAGGCAGAGCGCCAACGUGCGGAAGGUGGAAGCCAAACAGCAGGAGAUGCUGAGGAAAAACAAAUUCCGGGUCGUAAUCUACCAGGAGGAAAGCGAGUGUCCUUCAUCUCUCUCUGUUAUCAAAGAAAGGACACCAGGUGAAACUCUAGAGGAUGAUUUCUUCCCACCUGAUGAUCUGUCUUCUGAUGAAGAAUAUUACAUUGAAGAAAGCAGAGCAACCCAGUUCAAGAAAUCAGGUAUGAGGCGCAUAGAUGAUAUCAAAAAGGCAUUUUCAAGGGAAAACAUGCAGCAGACGAGACAGAAUUUUGGCAAGAAGGUAAAGAGGCUUCGAACUAGAAUAGUGACCCCUGAGAGGAGAGAGAGGAUCAGGCAGUCAGGAGAAAGACUGAAACAAUCCGGGAUGAGAAUCAAGAAAACCAUUUCACAAGCUGCCCCAACGAAGGAGACAUUCAAGAUCCACAAGAAAAACAAAGAGCGAACAGGAGCCGAAGGUCAGGAGGGGAUCCAGGAAGCCGGUGUGCACGUGGCCUCUGAGCUCCCAGCAGCAGAGCCCUUCACUGAAGAAAUCUCUUACACAGAAGUGAUCACGAAGGUAAAGAAAGACAAGAACAGUGCAACAAAAGGUGCUUCCACGUCGACUGAAAAAGGAGUCACAAUCCCAGAAGUCGUUCUUAAGCAGGAAGGAAAAGAAGGAGGAGGAGGUGAUGAUGUCCCUUUGCUAGACUUAAAGCCAUCGGCAUAUGGAAUCAAUUAG